AUGCUGUACACGAUUAUCGCCUUCUUUGUCGCCUACUUAUUGAUGAUCACUCUUUAUUUGGUGGAGCCUAUCGAGUACGCCCAUCCCUGGAACUAUAUAAUUGUGACCGUGUGCUACGAACUCCUAACUCUCGGUUGUUCCACGUUUGUGCAAGAUUGGCACAUCCUCUAUACUGUAGUUAGCAUAUGUUUCGCCCUUGGCCUUACAAUCAUCGGCCUGGGCGUCUGCUUUCCGCUCAUAUGGUUCUCCAAGUACCCGAAUCCCGUCAAGACGGCGACCUUUGUCUCGAUGUGCUUCGCCCUGGUCUACUGCACCAUGAACAUGAAGCUGAUCAAGGAAUGGCUGUUCUGGGUGGACUUUGCAGUGGCGAUCUUCAUAUUCAGUGCUAUGAUUCGGUUGAUCUCGCACGUCAUGAUUACGGAUGAAAACUUCGAGAAACUGAUAGUGGAUGACAUAAUGGUUACCGCUUUCAAGUUGUACAUUAAUUUUUGCCUGAUUUUCAUUGGAUGUGCCAUCGCCGUGGAUUGCAUAAGAUUGAAUACUGAUUGGAUUGUGAAAGAAUAA